AUGGGCAAAGCCGCCAAAAAAAAAUUCACGACCGCCACGGGCAAUGGUCCACAAGUGUCAGCGGACAAACAUCUGAGCUCUGUGUUCAAGUUCAACACGGAUCUGGGCCAACAUAUCUUGAAAAACCCGUUAGUAGCACAGGGAAUUGUGGACAAAGCACAGAUAAAGCCUUCAGAUACGGUCUUGGAAGUGGGUCCUGGUACUGGUAAUUUGACGGUACGUAUCUUGGAACAGGCUCGUAAGGUCAUUGCCGUUGAAAUGGACCCUCGAAUGGGUGCGGAAUUGACCAAACGUGUGCAUGGUACUGCUGGCGAGAAAAAGCUAGAUAUUCUGCUGGGCGAUUUCAUGAAAACAGAACUACCCUAUUUCGAUAUUUGCAUAAGUAAUACACCUUACCAGAUAUCGUCACCGUUGGUUUUCAAGCUAAUAAACCAACCACAGCCUCCAAGAGUGUCGAUUCUCAUGUUCCAAAGGGAAUUUGCCAUGCGGUUGCUAGCAAGGCCGGGAGAUUCGCUCUAUUGUCGACUUUCUGCUAAUGUCCAAAUGUGGGCAAACGUCACCCACAUCAUGAAAGUUGGUAAAAACAAUUUCAGACCACCACCGCAGGUGGAAUCCAGUGUUGUGCGUAUUGAGAUCAAACAACCAAGACCUCGGGUAGAUUUCAACGAAUGGGAUGGAUUGUUGCGCAUAGUGUUUGUGCGUAAAAACAGGACUAUUGCCGCUGGAUUUAAAUCCAAUACUGUACUUGAAAUCUUGGAAAAGAACUACAAAGCAUACCUGGCAGCCGUAAAUGAUGGAUCGGAGAUGGUUGACGACUCGACCGGUUCGAUGAUAGAUGUUGUCAAGCAAAAAAUCGAGGCUGUUUUAAACAGCACCGGUCUUUCAGCUAAAAGAGCUGGAAAGUGUGAUCAAACAGACUUUUUGCAGCUUUUGUACGCUUUCCAUCAGGUUGGGAUUCACUUCGCUUAA